CCUAAUGAAAAAAAGUAGGUUACUUUUAUUGUUUAUAAUAAUAAUCCUUAACUGAUACCUGCAAUGUGAGGUGUGCCUUAGUCCUCAGGAAAUGUAUUUAGUGGAGUGCAUGCAUUUUAAUCAUUUCUAUCUGUCAGUGUUCUAUCUCAGAUUUACUGUCUGAAGGAUCUAUAUGAAGGGUACAUUUCCAAAGAAGGAAACCUUCACUCAAAAGAAAUUUUCAACUUGUUUGCAGGAAAUGGCAACAGGAUUUUUGGACAAUGCAAUGAUAGGGGGUUCUCACUCAUCAAUAACAUCAUCUCAACAACUUCUUUCAAGUUCAAAUUCUACCUCAAUGAAAGAAGAGGCACCUUUAGCCACAUGGAUUAGUCACAUCCCUGCAAAUGUGAGAGAGAAAAACCAAUCCAAUUCUAUCUUCCCAGGUUCAGACACAAAAAACACCUCCAUUCCUCUAAAUCUUUUGGAAACUCUCCCACCAUUGACUAUGGCACCAUGUUUUGAUGAGUCAGUUGCUUCUCUACCCUCUUCUUCUCCCCCACCCAAUUUUCCAAACUUGACUUUGGUCCUGCAGGAACCCUCCAUGGUGUACUCAUCAUCAUCAAAUAUGAAAAGUGGUGAGUCUGUAACUUCUAACCCCACUUAUCAAGUUCCUUACAUUGGGCAAAACCAGCAUCAAACAGGUGGUGAUGCAGACAAAAUGAACAAAAAUCUGAAGUCUUUCAAUGAGAAUUGGUUGAGUAGCACUAGGACUCAGCCUAUGAAGUAUGGUGGAAGAGGAAAAUUGUUUAAAGGGGUGAGGCAGAGACACUGGGGGAAAUGGGUUGCUGAGAUUAGAUUACCAAGAAACAGAACAAGGGUUUGGCUAGGGACUUUUGACACUGCUGAAGAUGCUGCCAUUGCAUAUGACACAGCAGCAUAUAUACUGAGAGGAGAAUAUGCACAGUUGAACUUCCCAGAUCUCAAGCAUGUAAUCCAGGCAAAUUCUCUGAAUGGAACCACUGCAGCACUUGUGGAGGCAAAACUACAAGCAAUAUCUCAAGGUUCUCAUAGGAAACCUACUGACUCACCAGCAGGCUCAAGCAACAAGAACACUGAUGAAAAUGCCAAAUUGAAAAGUGCAAAUGACAAGGAUUCAACCAUGAAGGAGUGGCAAUUUGAUACUGAGAGAAGCAAAAGUACACACCAUGAGAUAUCAGAUGUGGAAACUGUUCAGUUAAGUAGAAUGCCCUCCUUAGACAUGGACAUCAUUUGGGAUGAACUUUUGGUCUCUAAUUCAUGACCACUUUUUUGUUUCUACUUUGAAAGCAUACAUAUAUAAUAGCCCUUGUUUUAUCUAAAUUAUGUUUCUCAUUUGGACCAAUGGCACAUUGAAGCAUCAGGUUAUAUUUUCCUAUUAUGAUCUAUAGAGAUGUAUUGAAACUAGUAUACUCCUUAGUCCUUAAUAUUCAUGGCCAAAUACAGAUAGAAUUUUAAGUUAUGCUAAAGGUUCGUAGAAUAUUUUGCAUCUGAACAAAUCAUUGGUUUAGUAACAUCUAGUCAACGUUGAAAACUGUACUGAUUGUAAUUUUGAAGAAAUAUUCAACUGUAUUUCUCUCUCGCCUAGAUUUAUAGGCAAAAGAAUAACACAGAAGCCAAUAGCAUAACCUUAUUCUUUUGUACUUCAAAACUUGAAUACAA